AUGGACGCCACAGAGAAAAAGCUGAAGACGAACUUUCACUGCUGUGUGCCCAAGUGCAAUGGGGACAGCAGACGACACGAUGGCUUGUCAUUCCAUCGUCUUCCACAGGACAAGGAAUUGAGGAAGCAAUGGAUCAUAAAGAUCAGACGUGAUGAGGGCCUGAAUUUUAAAGUGACAGAUUCUACUGUUGUUUGCUCAAGACAUUUCAAUCAAGGAGAUAUUGUGAAAAGUUUGACAGGGUUGCGGAAAUUAAAAAAAGGGACAAUACCUUGUACAUUUGAUUGGUCACAUGACACAGUGCCAAGAAAAUCACCUCGAAAAAGACUAGCGCCUAUCAACAGUGAUGAAAAUAUGCCCAAGAGAAUGAUUACCACAAUGACAUCCACAGUAACAAAUCCAGCACCUUAUCUUGAGCAUGACUACUGCACUGAAAAGCCAUCCCCAGAAGAAGAUAUUGAGGAAAUGAAGAAUCAUAUUGGUGCACUUCAAAAGAGGAUUCUGGAGCUGGAGAGAAAGGUGGAAAAGUUUGGCAUCAAUUUUUCAUGUUUUUAUGUCGAAUUAGACAAGGCUUUUUUGAGGAAGAUCUAG